CUCGAGCGACAUACCUCGAUCAUGUCAGACAUCGCUAUAUUACGAUGACAUCUAAACAUGGAUAAGAAUGUCAUGAGUUUAACGAAGCUCAAAUUCGUUGCCUUGUUCCUUCUCUUGCCGUGGGCAGAAAGUUUAACACCUCUCAAGACCUCAACCCUCUGCCUGGACAAGCCAUGCCAAAACAGGGCAGAGUGUAGGGAAGACCCAUCUGACUUUCUCUGCCAGUGCGAGUCUCCAGUGCCAGCCUUGCCCAGCAGGCGAUGCCACUCUUCUGGUGCAUCCUGCCAGUCGUCCAUCUGCCAGGGCAAUGCGACGUGCCAGUCCACUGGCGCCCGCCCAGGGGAACUAGCCUGCCAAUGCGUGCCGGGGCAUGACUGUCACACUAGCAUCCAGCGCUGUGCUCAGAAGCUGUGUGGAGAUGGUGCCCGCUGUCUGGCAGUACAAUACAGGAGUCCAGGGUACGCAUGCAUCUGUCAAGAAGGCUACACUGGGACUUUCUGUGAGAAAAAGGUGGACCAUUGCUCCCCCAACCCGUGCCGCAACCGUGCCAUCUGCCGGAGCGCAGGGGACGGCCCCACCUGCUUCUGUGUGCCGGGAUUCCAGGGCAAACGCUGCGACAUUGAGGUGAAUGAAUGCGUGUCGGGGCCCUGCAGGAACGGAGCCACCUGUCUGGACAAGAUCGGCCAUUAUGUCUGUCUCUGCAAGGCUGGGUACACGGGUACCAGCUGCGAGAUUGAGAUUGAUGAGUGUCAAUCACAGCCCUGUCUCCACGGCGGCAGUUGCCAUGACCACAUCAAUGGCUUCUGGUGUACCUGCUUGGAAGGCUUCCAGGGGGAGGGCUGUGACAUCAACAUUGAUGAGUGCAGUGACCAGCCAUGCCAAAAUGGGGCAAUGUGUGUGGAUGAAAUAAAUGGCUACCACUGUGACUGCUUACAAACUGGUUUUACUGGUGUUCACUGUGAGGUUCCACCUCCACUCUGCUGGUCUCAACCCUGCCUCAAUGGCGCCCUCUGUAAGGAUGAAGGCGAGAACUACACCUGCAAAUGCUCUCCUGGGUUCGAGGGUCGUAACUGUGAAACGGACAUCAGCGAGUGUGAAAGCGUCCCGUGUUUGAAUAAAGGCACAUGUAUUGAGCUUUCUUGGAAAACCCUUUACGGCACUGAGCUCCUCUCACCUUCUCAUUACAACCAUCAGAGCGCUGCUGGCUUUAUCUGCAGGUGUCCACCAGAAUUCACAGGUGGCUUGUGCGAGCUGAACGUCACUGCCUGUACCACCAACCCGUGUCAUAAUGGUGCCACGUGCGAGGACUUCCUGGACACCUACACGUGCGUCUGCCUAUCAGAGACCCAAGAUGGCAUCGUGUACGGGGGAACCAACUGUACUGAGCCGCUGGUGGGUUGCGAGGGCCAUGCUUGCCAGAAUGGGGCACUCUGCGUACCGUUUCUGAGCGAUGGCGUACACGGUUACAGCUGCACCUGUCAGUCAGGCUACACUGGCUCAUACUGCCAGACUUCCACCGCAUUCUCCUUUGAGACGUCCGGAGGCUACCUGCACUUGCAGACGCCCCUGAUUGGAGCUGAGACUAAUUUUAAUAUCAGGUUAAGCUUUCGCACCGUUUUGAAGAACACGGUACUCUUUGAGAGGGGUAGUGAUGGGGUCACGCUCAUCCUGGAGCUGCAAGACAGCCAUCUGCUUCUUAGUCUUAGGAGUGACCCUCGACCAGGUUCAACAAGUUGGACACUGACUCUACCUCAGGCCGUUUCUGAUGGCGAGUGGCACACAGCAGAAUUCGUGCUUGGGGAGGAUACGCUACUGCUGCGACUGUUGGAAAGCUGCAACGGAAACAAUAUCUGCAGUAGAGUCAUCCAAAUAGAUCCAGCUGCCCUUGAGCUGGAGUCAGCUCUAGAAAGCACCUUUGUUGGAGGAUUGGACAGAGGAGGGAGUUCUGGAUCCUUCAUCGGAUGCAUGAGGGACUUGUUUGUGGACUCACAACUGAUGGUGCCGGAGGAUUGGUUGAGCACCUUGGUGGUCAACGUCACGCAGGGAUGCAUCCAUCAAGAUCGAUGUCUUUCAGGGCCAUGCGAGAACCUUGGAGAGUGUGUUAACCUCUGGCAAGGGUACAAGUGCAAGUGUCGGCGACCGUAUGAGGGUUCAAACUGUGCGGAAGUGUAUAUCACAGCCAGAUUUGGCCAUGAUGACUCGUCAAGCUAUGCCAUCUUCACCAUCAACGACCAGUUGGAAUCGGACACACUCUCAGUCUCCAUGUUCUUGCGCACAUGGAAGGAAUCGGGUCUGUUGGUGCUCCUUGCCAACAGCACGACUCAGUACUUUGGACUGUGGUUGGAAAAGGGAAAACUAAAAGUGCAACUCAACAGCUUGAAGAUCUCAUCAGUUGGAAGUGUGGUCAACGAUGGGGAGAUCCACUUUGUCAGCAUUACCGUCAAGGAGGGCGUGAUGAUUGUGCAGGCAUCGGGCCAUGAAUUAAGACUAAUGGACGUUCACACGUUUUCCAUUCUGCUUGGGGAUAAGGUGUAUGUUGGCGGGUUGGUUGAUGGACUAGAAUCAUCUGCCUUUGGUGGUUUUUUUAAAGGGUGUUUGCAGGACUUACAGCUCAACGAAAGGAAACUCCAGUUUUUUCCACUUGCCGUCUCAGCGAUGUCGUAUAAACCGGACCACAUGGUUAAUAUCACCUCAGGGUGCACGAGUGAUGACUCUUGCUCUAAAAAUCCAUGUCAAAAUGGUGGCCUGUGUUUCUCCGCAUGGGAUGACUUUACAUGCAACUGCCCUCCUUACACAGCAGGGCGACGCUGUGAGGAGGUGAGCUGGUGCGAGCUCAAACCCUGCCCGCCGCAGGCAGCAUGCAGGGCCCUCAAAUGGGGCUACGAAUGCAUUUCAAAUGUGACCUUUCAGGGCACUGGCACUCUCAUAUACCGUGGCAACGGUCUGAUCACCCGCCACCUCAGCAGCAUCAUGUUCAGCAUCCGUACACGCAAACGCAAUGUGCCGGUGUUACACGCCGAGAGCGGCUCUGACUUUUUGACCGUAUCCAUUCAGGAUGGCUUUCUGGCACUUGAGCUCCUGAGCGGACCUUCCUUCACCUCAUCACCUCUCUCACCGAUGACCCUACACAGCUCAAAACCAGUAUCUGAUGGACAGUGGCAUUACGUGGAGCUCCUCAUGGCCGAUCCCUGGGCAAACACCUCCAAGUGGAUCAUGGUUUCAUUGAACGAAAUGGACGAAAUGGAUGAGCAAACAGUAUCAAACUCUGCGGCGGGAAAUCUGGAUUUUAUUCGAGAAGGCGUGGAUAUCUUACUUGGUGGGCUGGGCCCGGAGUCUGGCUGGAAUCUUAUUGGAUGUCUGAGUACCGUUGAAAUCGGCGGUAUCGUGCUUCCGUAUUACGGUCCUGACGAGUUGAGGUUUCCACAAAUGCAGGAUGAGAAGUUUGAGAAGAUAUCAGAGGUUCCCGUCGAGGUUGGAUGUGUUGGUGGGAUGGUUUGUGAACCCAACGCUUGUCUGAAUGGAGGUGUUUGUGAAGAUCUCUUCAGCAACAUUGAAUGCUUCUGUCCGCCGGGUUGGGUCGGCGAUCGUUGCGAGAUGAACGUAAACUCCUGCUCAUCCAACCCUUGUCGCCAUGGAUACUGCAGCGAAGAGGGUCUCGCGUACGACUGCACUUGCGAGAGUGGCUACACUGGAGCCAACUGCGAGGUGAAGGUGGACGCAUGUGCCGCCCACAAGUGUGCCAAUGGAGGGACAUGCUUGCGUGGAAUCGACAGCUAUUCUUGUCUAUGUCCCCACAAGUUUACGGGGCAAAAUUGCACUGUUCGGAUUGAAGAGAUUCCGUGGUAUGUUGUUCUCAAGAACUUACCCCCAAAGCUCCCGGUGUCCAUCUGUGGUGACGAAGAGCACAACUACACGUGUUUCAACGGGGGUAACUGUUCUGAGACCACCCUGAUGUGUGACUGCCUCCAUGGGUUUUCGGGUCACUGGUGUGAAUUAGACCUCGACGAGUGUAUAUCUAACCCUUGCUUGAAUGGCGGCUACUGCCAUAACUUGGUCAACAAGUUCCAGUGUAUCUGUGAAAUGACUUUCGCCGGCGACACCUGCGAAAUGGACGUGAGUGCAGAGAACGUGACCUCUAACCUGCUGCUGUCCAUCAGUCUGGUGUCUGUGGUUCUGUUGUUGGGUCUGUUCGCCGUUGCCACGGCCUUGGUGAUGACGCUGAGCCGUCGGGCAACACGUGGGACCUACAGUCCCAGUCGUCAGGAGAAAGAAGGUUCUCGAGUGGAGAUGUGGAACAUCGUGCAGCCUCCACCAAUGGAGAGACUCAUCUGACUCAUGUCCUCUGAACAAUAUCAGCCCAUCAAUCAUAUUGAUCCAUGAGGAUUGUGGCUGGUUUAAAGCGGUUUUGUGAGUUCAAUGAGACUUAACUUGAUGUUCUUUAUUUAUUGAUCAUGUGGCAGCUAUUGUAUUGGAUAAUAGUAUUGUAGAUCAUUUAUUUUAUGAUUGGACACUCUCCCAAAUAAAGGAUGUUUAAUUAUGGCUUAAAUACAUUUAAAUAGCAUUAGACUUGUAGAAUAUUGUUUAUAAAAUAUAACAUUUAUUUAGCAGAUGAUUUUAUCCAAACCAACUUCCAAGAAGGAGGAGGAAAUAAAAUGAGGGGUGCUUCAAAGUCGUUGGAAUAGGAGAUAUGAUUUUAAUUUAGUAUUAUCGUGUAUUUAACAUUGUGUUUUAUCAGUUGUAUAUAAAAAAAAAGAAUUUUUUUUAACCAUUCUGAACGGUGCUGCUGAGUAUUUGGACCUGUUUCACUGUGGGCGGGCACAACUGAAGGUCUGUUAGGAUGUCUUUAUGUAUACAUGAUGUGUUCGUAAAGCAAAUUCAAUUUAAACCAACAUCAACAUUCAUGGUUUAGCACAGACA